CACCGUACCUAGCUACAUACAGGCUUGAGGUGGCUGUCAGAAGUUGGAACGUCAGCGAAGCAUGAGACGCUGGCGAGUCCUGCUGUGUAAUGCUGCGGGACAAGGGCACUUCAUGACCUUCCUCUGUUGUGCAUAAUCAAUGGAUGGGCUCUAGGAUUAUGAGAGAGGGACGCAGUAAACCCAGCACUCCUGAAUUCCAUAGAGGGUUUGAAGACUGCAUUUUCAUGCUGGAAAAGAGCUCAUGGCGGUGUAUGAGGAGCAGGAGGCCCAGCAGAGGGUGAUGGUGAGUCCUGGGCGUUCCAGCCCAGACCCUGAUGUCUCUGAGCUGUCCGUCUUCCACCCCAACAGAGGAGGCCGGAUUGAGGUCAACUCCUCCGCCCUCAAGUCCAGUACACCUCUAUUGGUCAGCAGCAGCAGUGACUCCGCCCUCGACCCCCAGUUUGGGAUGGACCCCCCCCAACCUGAACACCUCAAUGGCAGCCUCUCCCGCACGGUCAGUAUGAGAGGAGGAACCCAGGACCGGACCGGGAGUGAUGCGGCCCCCGCCAAAAUGAGCCAGACCUCCCUCAGGCUGACGCAGACGGUGGAGAUCUCAGGAGAGCGAGGGCCCCUGGGCAUACAUGUUGUUCCGUACUGCUCCUCCCUGAGUGGACGGUCUCUGGGCUUGCACAUUCGUAGUGUGGAGGAGAACAGCCGGUCUAAGAAGGAGGGGAUCUUCCAUGAGGAUGACUGCAUUGUUAAAAUCAAUGACACAGAAUUAAUGGACAAAUCAUUUGCGCAGUCACAGGAAGUGUUUCGGCAGGCGAUGCGCUCGCCCACCAUGCGCCUCCAGGUUGUGCCAGUCCUCAACAGGGAUCGCUACGAGAAGAGCCUGAUUGGUCAGCUCUACCCUUUGGAAAGGCCAGAGGACAUGCCCCUCCCACUCAAUGCAGAGUCAUUCUCCCGUCCCAAGGAGACCCAGAGCCGUGUGGAGGGCCCCAGCCCCGCCCCGCUCUCAGUCCCAAUCCCAGCCCCCAACUCCGACCCUCCAGCUCCGGGCUCCACCCCUCUCCCAGCCCCUGGCCCCGCCCCCCUCUCAGCUCCUGGCUCCACCCCUCUGCCACCGCCCCCAAAGGAAAAGAGUCCCAGCUCCCUGUUGAAGCACAGCCCUGCCCUCCCCCUCCCCCCCGUCGGGGGUGUGGCCAGCAAGAAGGGCGCAAGGAAAGUGAAAGUGGAGCUGAGGAAAGGGCCAGAGGGCUUGGGGUUCACAGUGGUCACAAGAGACGCCUCGGUUCACGGACCUGGACCCAUUCUGGUCAAAAACAUCCUGCCCCGAGGAGCUGCUGUCAAAGAUGGCCGCCUCAAGUCAGGUGACAGGAUUUUGGAGGUGAACGAGGUGGACUUUUCGGGCCGAACACAGGAGCAGCUGGUGGCCAUGCUGCGUAGCACCAAGCAGGGAGAGACGGUGUCUCUGCUGGUUUCCCGGCAGGAGGAGAUUUUCCCUCCGAGAGAGCUGAAAGGGGAGCAGACUGAUGUGCGGUCCUCUGAGGACAGGAGGCAGAUGCUGAGGUUUGAAAUCCCUCUGAAUGACUCUGGAUCAGCAGGUUUGGGCCUCAGUCUGAAGGGGAACCAGUCCCGAGAGACGGGCGCUGAUCUGGGAAUCUUCAUCAAGUCCAUCAUCCACGGCGGGGCGGCCUACAAGGACGGCAGGCUGUGUGUGAAUGAUCAGCUGAUUGCGGUGAACGGGGAAUCUCUGCUGGAGAAAUCGAACCGCGUUGCCAUGGAGACGCUGCGGCGGUCCAUGUCCAUGGAGGGGAAUGCGCGGGGCAGGAUCCAGCUGGUUCUGCUGCGGGGGCCCAGCCGGCUCAGCCUGACUCCACCCAAACCAGCCUCAGAUGUGUCUCUGUCUCAGCUGAGGCUGACCGACAUCCCAGCCUGCCCUGCCCAAACCUCCACGGGCAGCUCCCAGUGUGAAAGGUCCAGGGUUCCAUUUGGCAUAACUAAUGGGCAUCGUGGCAACGUGCAUGAACAAGACGGCUAUGAAGAGGACCUCCCUCCUCUUCCUCCUGAUCCCCAACAUCCCCCCAUCCGUCAGAGGGCGGAGCUGGGCCAGGGGCCACAGCGUGGGGCCCCCUCCCCGCCCAGGCAGUCUGAGCUCCCCCAUGCCCAGGCAUCCAGGAGUGUGGACCUGGUGAAGGAUCAUGGGAAGGAGUCUGCCCCGGUGUGGGAGGUGCAGGAGCCUGGCUCUGUGGGGGGGCGGCAGACUGCUGUGUCCGAGGUGAGGAAGAGUGAGCUCCUCUUCCUCCUUCAGCGGGCCCGUGCGACACGAGGGCGUGGCUGCAACCACAGUUUCCGCUCUUCUGUUACAAAAGGAGAGGACCGAUAUGGAAGUCCGGACCAUGAUCUCUCAGAUGGAAGCUUUGGCUGGGACAGCCCCUCUAGCACCACCUCUUGGCAGGGGUGUGGUGACAUGGAAGAGAUGAAAAAGGUACAGAAGAUGCCAAAGGAGGAGAAGAGAGAAGAGUGGAAAUCCAACGGGCAGGGGAAAGAUGAGAAGAUGGAGGACACAGAGGAGGAAGAGCAGAGGACACAGAAGAAACUGGAGUGCUUCCUGUUUCCCGAGGAGCCUGAAGGAGGCCUCUCCGCUGCGGUCUCGCCCAUAUCGCAGCCGCUCCCGCCCGUGUACCGGACCAGAACUCUGCACCCGCCCGUGUACCGGACCAGAACUCUGCACCCGCCCGUGUACCGAACCAGAGCGCUCUGCACCCACCUGUGUACCAGACCAGAGGGCACCACAAUUGACCGUGUUUGUAAAAGGGAGGAGAAUUUGAAGGUUUUAUCGCUGAAAAGAGCAGCACUGCAGAACCAGAGCUCAGUGAUUCUGUGCGAGGAGAAGGAGGAGAGAGAGGUGAGGCAGUCCUGUUUCCUGGCUCCUGUGUUGGAGCUGACCUGA